AAGUCGGCAGGCAAGCUCUCAAAGCUCAGGAGCAUCCUCAGCAACGGCCUGCCCGACGGCAGCAGCGGCGUUGGGCAUACUCGCUGGGCAACCCACGGAGGGCCGACCGACUUCAACGCCCACCCGCACACCGACUGCUCCGGCGACAUAAUGGUCGUGCACAACGGCAUAUUCGAGAACUACCUCGACCUGAAGCGGGAACUCGCGGACGAAGGGCACAUAUUCAACUCGCAGACGGACGCGGAGUGCAUCCCGCAUCUCAUAGAGUCCUACAUGAACAACGGCUGCUCGCUGGAAGAGGCGACGCGCGCCGCGGCAUCCCGCAUUGAUGGCGCGAAUGCCGUCGUCGUUCUAUCGCGCAAAGAGCCUGACAAGAUAGUCUCAUUCAAGCUCGGCAACGCAGGCGGCAUCGUUAUCGGCUAUGGUGAGAGCGAAAUGCUGCUCGCCAGCGACAUCGCCGCCCUGCUUCCUCACGUCCGAACCGUUGCCUACCUCGCCGUUGGCGAGAUGGCGACGGUUACCCGGAAACGAGUGCAAUACACGCGCAUAGACGGCUCCGCAGUGAAGAAAUCCACGGCGCGUGUCUCCUACGGCGCCCUUACUGCGACAAAAGGCGAGUACAAGCAUUUCAUGCUCAAGGAGAUCCAUGAGCAGCCCGACGCAGUGCUGGACACGCUGCGAGGACGUGUUCAGUUCGAUCCGCCAGGCAUCACCCUGCCGGACUUCCCCUUCUCCGAUGACCGGAUCAGAAGCUUCAAUCGCGCGAUCAUCAUUGGCAUGGGCACGAGCCUGCACGCCGGCAUGGUCGGACGCAUGUGGAUCGAGUCGCUCGCCGGCUUGGCGUGCGAAGUGGACAACUCGUCCGAGUUCCGCUACCGCGAUGCCGUACUGGACGAAAAUACGCUGGUAAUCUCCAUAUCCCAAUCCGGCGAGACCGCAGACACCUUAGGCGCGAUGGACCUGGCAAAGAGUCGCGGCGCGCGCCAGCUAACCCUGUGCAACUACGAGGGUACGCAGUCAACGCGCGUAGCCGACGGCGUGCUGCCUAUUCGCGCUGGACUCGAAAUCAGUGUCGCUGGAACGAAAACCUUUGUCUGCUCACUUGUGACGCUAUACGCUCUUGCAGCGUAUCUUGGAGUCAAGCGGGGCUACUUAAGUGAAGAGAGGCUGGCGAAUAUAGUGCAGGAGCUAUUGCACCUGCCAGAGAUGAUUGGGCAGCUCUUGUCCGAUCAGUCGCAGUAUGAGCGGCUGGCGCUAAAAUACGGCAGGCGCGCCAAUUUCCUUUUCCUCGGGCGCGGCAAGAACUAUCCCCUCGCAAUGGAAGGCGCGCUCAAGCUCAAGGAGAUAAGCUACAUCCACGCCGAGGGUUAUCCCGCUGGCGAGAUGAAGCACGGCCCGAUUUCCCUCAUAGACAGAAAGAUGCCCGUAGUUGCCCUUGUUCCGCAAGAUGACCUUUAUGAGAAGAUGCUGAGCAACGUGAACGAAGUGAAAGCGCGCAGGGGAAGCGUAGUCGCCGUUGCGGCCGAAGGUGAUAAGCACAUCAGCGAAAAGGCUGACGAGGUAAUUUGGAUACCCAAGGCGUCGGCGAACAUCACCCCGAUCCUGAAUGCGAUACCGAUGCAGCUCCUGGCAUAUUACAUCGCGGUCGAGCGGGGCUGCGAUGUUGAUCAGCCGCGCAAUCUCGCAAAGUCUGUCACCGUCGAGUAG